AUGAUAAAUAAAAUAAUAAUCAUAAAAUUUUUAAUAAUUAUAAUUUUAAAUUCAUUUAAUUGUGAUAUAGUUGAAUUUAACAAUUCAGUUAUUGAUCAGUGUACAACCUAUUUUAAUCCAUGCGAUCUAUUAUACAAAGGUGUGUGGGUUAAUAAUACUAUACCAACUAAACAUGAUGAUGUUAUAAUUGAUUUUUCUCAAUUAAACCAAUCACUUAUUACUUAUCUAAUAUUCAGAGAUCAACCAUUACAAUACAACUCAUUAACAUUUAUCGGUUCACCAGGAAUUGAUAAGUAUCAACAAUAUUUUACAACUUUUACAAUUCAAAACUCAUCAAUAAUAAAUAUAAAUAAUUUAAAUAUUACCAAUAUAAAUUUUUUAAUUAACCCACCCACAAACUCAAAAUCAUUAACAUCACCUAGAUCUAAAUCUUUAUUAUCUUCUUCAUCCUCAUCUUUAUCUUCUUCUUCUUCUUCUUCUUCUUCUUCUUCUUCUUCUUCUUCUUCUUCAUCUUCUUCUUCAUCAUCUUCAUCUUCAUCCUCAUCUUUAAAUAUAAAUGAAUUAAAAAUAGAUUCUUUUUUUUCAAAUUUUUCAAAUAUUCAAAUUAUUAAUAUAGAUAUUGAAAUCAAUUAUUUAAAUCAAAAUGGCUAUAUACCUACGAUUAUUGAAGGUGAAUCAACAUUAACUAUUAAACGUGGUGCAAAUAUUACCUCUGACAUAUUCUUUAAAUCAAUUGGAAUAAUACAACUCGAAGGAGAGCUUCCAAUAAUUUUCAAUAGUUUAUCAGUUGAAGGAGAUCUAAGAAUUUUUUCAAAAAAUGUUCUAAUAUUAGAACCAUCAUAUUUAAACAAUUUAUAUUUAAUGGACAACUCCAAGAUUUCACUAAAAUCACAAAUAACUAUUGAAACUGUAGUUAAUAUCGAUCAAGGUUCGAUAAUAGAGGUUUUGAAUGGUGGUAUACUAGUUUAUGAUAAUCAACUAUUUAACGGAAAUAAUCAUUUAUCAUCAGAUAAUAUACAGUUAAAUAAUGGCUCCUUGUUAUCAAUACAAUCAGGGUAUACUCUUCAAUUUAAUUCAGACUCUUUUAGUAGAAUUUGUAUAAUAAACUAUGAAUUGGACUCCUAUAUAGUUAAUAGCAAUGUACCAAAUUUUGAACUAACAUCUUUGGGUAGCGUUUCAAUUACAUCAAGUAACAUUGGAAUCGUUUAUAUGACAAUGUCAAAAAGAAAACUAGAAAUAACAGAUUCUUGUACAAUAAAAACUUUAAAUUCAAAUGCAACUUUAACAGUAGACCCGACCGCAUCUUUAACAUUGCUAGAUAAGUCCUCUUCACUUGAAACUUUGGUUUAUGGUGAUCUAUCUAUAUUUGGGGAGUUCUCAGGAGAAACAUUAAUAAUCGAGUCCUCAUCUGGUACUGUUACAUUGGUUUCCGAUAUUAAUACUAAUGUUGUGUGCUAUUCAGUUAUUAGAAUUGAAAGCCCAACUGAAAUAGAAAACAUUGAGUUUGGUAUCUAUAGCUCGCUAAUACUCGACUCUAAUUCUUUAAUGGUAACCAAUAAUCUAAUAAUAGAUAACUCUACCAGUAUCAUAUUCAGUCCAAUCGAUUUGAACAACAAUAAUAGCAUUCCGAUUAUAGUUGGUAAUCAAACAUCACUUUAUUCAAAUCAAUUAACUAUCAGUUUAAACUGUAACAGUACAACGACCAUCAAUUGUUUAAAAGAAAAUGAUAGAAUAUAUUUAUUUAAAACUCAAUCAUUCAACUCACCUAUUGGACAAAGUGAUUUAGUAGAAGGUAUAGCUUUUUUAGUUAAUGGUAUUUCAAUCUCUCCAAAUUUAAUAUUUAAUUUACUUUUUGAAGACAAUUUUGUAUUUUUAGAAUUUAAAAGUAAUAAUAACAAUAAUAAUAGUACAGAUAAUCACUCUAACCAAAAAAAGAAAAUAAUUAUAAUAAGUUGUGCUUCAUCCUUUAUUUUUAUAACUAUAUUGGUUAUAAUUUUAAUAUUUAAAAAAAACAAAAAUAAAGGACACAAUAAAUAUAAACCUUUAAUAAAUUAA